CCGGGUCCGGGUGCCGGGAGUGCAGGUGCGCGGCGCUGGCUGGGUGCGAGCGCGGGGCAGGGACAGCGGGGACAGGACCGCGGGGACACGAUCGCCGACGUGGGCGCUGGCCUCCUCGGUGCAGCCGGGACGCGGGGCAGACCGGGACGAGGCUCCCCCUUGCGGCCAGAGCCGCCACCGCCGCUUGCCUGGGCGCAGGGCCGAGCCUGCUCCGGGGGUCUGGGUGGCCCCGCAGCCCUCACCGCCGCAGUGUCCCCGAAGACGGUGACAUCCUUCCUCCUAGCCCGUCUAGAAAGACUCACGUUAAUCCGUAUGCGGAUAAAGCAGGCGGUGUGUGGAAUGGAGUUUGUUUUCCCAACUCGGAGUCUUGUCGCAUACUUAAGGAAGUGUUUUCUCGGGAAACGGCGUUUCACGAGAGCUCAGCCACUGGUGAAUGUCCUGUGACGGAGAAGCCAGGCUUUGAACCUCAUUAUUAUGCCUUUGGAGAUGGAGCCCAAAAUGAGCAAACUGGCCUUCGGGUGCCAGAGAAGUUCCACGUCAGAUGAUGAUUCUGGCUGUGCGCUGGAAGAGUAUGCCUGGGUCCCACCAGGCCUCAGGCCUGAGCAGAUCCAGCUUUACUUUGCUUGCUUGCCGGAGGACAAGGUCCCUUAUGUGAACAGCCCCGGAGAGAAACACCGGAUUAAACAGCUUUUGUACCAGUUGCCACCACAUGAUAACGAGGUGCGGUACUGCCAGUCUUUAAGUGAAGAGGAGAAAAAGGAGCUGCAGGUGUUCAGUGCACAGAGGAAGAAAGAAGCGCUGGGAAGAGGAACCAUUAAACUCUUGUCCAGAGCUGUGAUGCAUGCGGCGUGUGAGCAGUGUGGAUUGCAGAUGAAUGGAGGGGAGGUGGCAGUGUUUGCCUCCCGUGCAGGCCCCGGAGUAUGCUGGCAUCCGUCCUGCUUUGUCUGCUUCACGUGCAAUGAGCUACUGGUCGACCUCAUCUAUUUCUAUCAGGAUGGAAAAAUUCACUGUGGCAGGCACCAUGCAGAACUGCUCAAACCUCGAUGCUCAGCCUGUGAUGAGAUAAUCUUCGCUGAUGAGUGCACUGAAGCCGAGGGUCGCCACUGGCACAUGAAACACUUCUGCUGCCUAGAAUGCGAGACGGUCCUGGGGGGGCAGAGGUACAUCAUGAAGGAUGGCCGCCCCUUCUGCUGCGGCUGCUUCGAGUCUCUCUACGCGGAGUACUGUGAAACCUGUGGGGAGCACAUUGGUGUGGACCAUGCACAGAUGACCUAUGAUGGGCAACAUUGGCAUGCCACAGAGGCUUGCUUUUCCUGCGCUCAGUGUAAGGCCUCUUUGCUGGGAUGCCCCUUCCUUCCAAAGCAAGGUCAGAUUUAUUGCUCCAAGACCUGCAGCCUAGGUGAAGACAUGCACGCCUCCGAUUCUUCCGACUCUGCAUUCCAGUCUGCCCGAUCCAGGGACUCGAGGAGAAGUGUGCGGAUGGGCAGAAGCAGUCGCUCCGCAGACCAGUGCAGACAGUCUCUGCUCCUCUCCCCUGCUCUGAACUACAAGUUCCCCGGUCUUAACGGCAAUGCUGAUGACACCCUAUCUCGGAAGCUGGACGACUUGAGUCUCUCCCGGCAGGGAGCAGGCUUUGCUAAUGAGGAGUUCUGGAAAGCCAGAGUCGAUCAGGAAGCCUCCGAAGACCCUGAAGAAUGGGCCGAACAUGAGGAUUACAUGACACAGCUCCUCCUCAAAUUCGGGGAUAAAAGCCUCUUCCAGCAGCAGCCCGGUGAGGUGGAGAUUAGAGCCAGUGAGCACUGGAUGCCUGACAACAUGGUCAAAAACAAACCUGAGGUGAAGCCAAAUCACCAGGGCCUGGUCAGUAAGAAGUACCAGUCUGAUAUGUAUUGGGCACAGUCCCAGGACGGGCUAGGUGACUCUGCCUACGGUAGUCAUCCUGGCCCUGCCAGCAGCCGCAGGCUGCAAGAGCUGGAUCUGGACCACGGUGCUGCCGGGUACAACCAUGACCAAAGCCAGUGGUAUGAAGACUCCCUGGAGUGUCUAUCUGACUUGAAGCCAGAACAAAGUGUCCGGGAUUCUAUGGAUUCUUUGGCGUUGUCCAAUAUCACAGGAGCAUCAGUGGACGGAGAAAGCAAGCCCAGGCCGUCAUUAUACUCUCUGCAGAACUUUGAGGAGGUGGAGGCCGAGGACUGUGAAAAAAUGAGCAACAUGGGCACUCUGAACUCCUCCAUGCUGCACAGGAGUGCGGAGUCCUUAAAGAGUCUGAAUUCAGAGUUAUGUCCGGAAAAAAUCAUGCCUGAGGAAAAGCCAGUCCACCUGCCGGUGCUCAGAAGAUCCAAGUCUCAGUCCAGACCUCAGCAGGUCAAGUUCUCAGAUGACGUCAUUGACAACGGGAGCUAUGACGUCGAAAUCCGGCAGCCUCCAAUGAGUGAAAGGACUCGGAGACGCGUGUAUCACUUUGAAGAAAGGGGAUCCAGGCCUCACCACCAUCGCCACCGGAGAAGCAGGAAGUCGCGGUCCGACAACGCCCUGAACCUGGUCACGGAAAGGAAGUACUCUCCCAAGGACAGACUUCGUCUGUACACGCCGGAUAACUAUGAGAAAUUCAUACAGAACAAAGGCGCCCGGGAGCUUCAAGCGUACCUGCAGAAUGCCGAUCUCUACGGCCAGUAUGCCCAUGCCACGUCCGAUUAUGCCCUGCAGAACCCGGGAAUGAACAGGUUCCUGGGCCUCUAUGGGGACGACGAUGACUCCUGGGGUUCGUCCUCCACGUCCUCCUCCGACUCCGAAGAAGAAGGCUAUUUUCUCGGACAACCGAUCCCUCAGCCGCGGCCGCAGAGAUUCACCUACUACACAGAUGACCUUUCUAGUCCAACGUCUGCACUGCCCACUCCACAGUUUAGUCAGAGGACAACUAAAUCCAAGAAGAAAAAGGGACACAAGGGCAAAAACUGUAUUAUUUCUUAACCAAGUAGACCCCGAGAUGAUCUGUUUAAAAGUUAGCCAUUUAACCCGGACUUGGACCUUUUAUUCACUAUAGGAGAGUCGCCGAAAUAGUGUAAAGUGCUUCCUUGGCCUAUGUAAAUGAGAGCCUACUGCUGUUUACAGUCAGAUUAACACACAGAGAGGAGUGGCCUCCUCCAGGUGCCCUUCCUGGGUGGCGCCAGAUUAAAACACUGUCUUGUGCCAGUGGCAGGUAAAUUACAACUGCCUUGGUCUCCAGUCCACAAAGAGAACACUCCGGAAACUGCCACCAGGUGAUUGGACAGUGUUUGUUUUAGAAGCCGGACAGCCACCUUUGUGAGCAGUAGUACUUGUCCUUAACUCAGUCAGGUUGGCUCAGGUCCUGAGUGGUGUCGUGUUGUGAGGCAUGCAUGUCACCAUGACGACCUAGCUAACCACCACGUGUCCCAUUGCGUGAGAACUUGUUCCCCUUCAGCCCUUAUUAGCCAGGUAAACAUAUUGUAUUACUUCCAGCUCCAGAUCGAAAGGCCUUGCUAUUUAUAUGUAGUAUUUCAUAGACCUUAAAGUGUAUUCCUAAUUUAACGGUGCAAAUAUUAAUGUAUAUACUGUACAGUUCAGAUUUUAAAGCUGAUAUUUUUAUAUCCCUGAAUUGCAAGAUGUUUGUUACACUGCCGUGCUAGAUUCAUUAGGGAACCGGAAACAGCAUUUAUGGGUGAGAUGGUUGCUUGUAUUUUAGUCAGGGUUUAUAAGUUUAGACAGUCAAUUUAUAUUGCUUAGUGGCGGAAAGUUGGUUUGUUUGGUUUUUUUUUUUCAAUAUUAUAAAAGGCUCUGUAUGCAUGGUGGGGCUAUGUACAUAGUUGUUACUGGGGCCCUGUUACUCUUACACGUGUUAUUUAUGGGUCAAGCUUUGUAAACUGUAUAAAUGUAAAAACAAGCCCCACACGUACCUCUGGAGUAUAUGGUGAAACCAAGGAGAAGCUGUUGGGUGUUCUUCCCUGGGCAGGGGGAGGUCUCUCAGCGGUGAUAAUGUUCGUAUUUUUGUGACAGUCUGGAGACUUACUAUGUAAAGAGAGGUUAUUUCUCCUGCCCUUCCCUCCCAGCUGGUCGUUGGCCUUUAAAAGUAACUUUGAAAAACCGAGUUUCCAGUUGCAGUAGGAACGAGCCAGAGCACUUCAAAUUCCCAAGGCUCUGGUUCAACGGGAAACCAUGUUGGAUUUGAACUAAUGAGCGGGUAGUUUGGGCUGUGCUGUUCUUGCAUUCACAUCUCAGUCCUAACUAAAGGUCCCGGUGUCAUCCUGGGCCUUUCAGGGAGGUGUUUAAUAAAGGCUUAAUAAAUGACAGCUACUGUUCUGAGUAUGA